CGCCGCUCCUUUUCACCGGCUGCUGGCCUCGCUCUACUGAGGGCGUCGCUCAUGCGAUGUUGUAUCUCACGUCGGACAACUUCCCCGUGUUCAUACCGUUUGGUGUGAUAGGGUUCUAUCGGUACUUAUGGUACAUCAUCCGUCUCUCCGCCGCCUGGGCGUACAAGCCCGUCCCGCUCCCCGAAAACCCGACCUACAUCGCCUCCGAAGAUGUCACUAUCAUCGUGCCCACGAUUGAUGCCGGCGAAGAGUUCAAAGAGGCGGCGCACAGCUGGCUCGUCGGCAAACCGAAGGAGAUCAUCAUCGUCACUGAGGAGAAGAUGCGCGGGCCCUUGCAAGACCUGGCGAACGCCGUCAACCCGGACGUGAUCCGGGUCACGACCGUGCCCUUCGCGAACAAGCGGCUGCAGAUGUCGCAGGGGAUCAAGGAGACGACGACGGACAUCAUCGUCUUCGCCGACGACGACGCGAUCUGGCCGCCGACGCUGCUGCCGUACGUGCUCGCCUGCUUCGAGGACCAGAAGGUCGGCGGCGUCGGCACCUCGCAGCGCGUGCAGCCCGUCGGGAAGAAGUUCACCGUCUGGGAGGUCCUCGCCGCUUUCCGGCUCACUAUCCGCAACAUCGAGAUCGCGUGCUCGACGCACAUCGAUGGCGGACUGCCGUGCCUGUCCGGCCGCACCGCCGCGUACCGCACCGUCAUCCUCAAGGAUCCCGAGUUUAUCCACGGCUUCACGCACGACUACUGGCUCGGCAAGUACCACCUCAACUCGGGCGACGACAAGUUCCUCACGAGGUGGAUGGUGAGCCACGGGUGGAGCACAUACGUCCAGUGCUGCAAGGAGGCGGAGCUGUUGAGUACGAUGAAGCCCAACUGGCGGUUCUUGAAGCAAGUCCUGCGCUGGACGCGGAACACGUGGCGGUCCGAUCUGAGGUCGCUGUUUAUGGAGAGGCAUAUCUGGACGUCGCACCCGUACGUGGCGUACACGAUGGUUGACAAGCUUUUCAACCCCUUCACCCUCCUCGUCGGGCCGUGCCUCGUGGCCGUCGUGGUAUGGAAGAGCACAAAACCCGUGGACGAGGGCGGAUACCACUUGCCUUGGUGGAACGUCAUCCUCAGUUACUUCGUGUGGCUCAUGGCGACCCGAACGGCGAAGCUCCUCCCCCACUUAUGGUGGAGGCCGCAAGAUGUCAUCUACGUACCCGCGUUUAUCCUCUUCGGCUACUACUUCGCUAUCAUGAAGAUUUACGCCCUCCUGACGCUGCACGAGACUGGUUGGGGCACCCGGGCCGGUAUUGGUGACCCGACGGCGGCCACUGCCGCGCUCGACACCCAAAACGUCAAGCCGUCGCCGUCGAACGAGAAGCUUGCCGAGCCGCAGUACAGACAACCGCAACCUCAGCAGAUGUACCAGCCCCAACCGCAGUAUGCGGGCGAGCAGAUGGAGAUGCAAGUAGGGUACGCGCGAUGAGCGAGACAGAGAGACACGAAAUUCCUCUUGGACGCUACGCAUUCGGUUAUCCUUUCUUAUCACGCCUACCCGCGUAUUUUAAUCCGACCCGCCUACAUCUCUCGCAGCAACACGCAUCUGUAUACCCAUCCGCAACGCAUUAGUCACGUCUACUCCCGCCACGCGUCCCCCUUUACCUCGCGCCUUCCUCCCCACCCUCAACCGCAAUCAGUAAUCCCGCUCGUCCCUACCGCCGCGCAUAUACCGCGUCUCACGUCUCGUUGCCCGCAACGGGUUGCCUGUACCAUGGAUCUUGGGUGUUUUUCGUGUACAGACAUGAUUGGGUAUAGCUUAUCACUCUGCGCGUUGGGGGCUCGCGGAUGGUUACUUAGCCUAAUCAACGCUCGACAUACUGGACUAUGGUGUCGUUUUGUCUUUUCUCGUAUUCUUUUGGUUUUUCUUCCCUUUCUCUUUCAUCUGAUACUCCCUUUAUACGACACUCGCUUUUAAACUAGACGCUCGCUCGAUCAUCGUAACGAAUGCAUCUAAAC